ACGGGAAGGAGGAGGAAGGGAAGGAGGAGGAGGCGGAGGAGGAGGCGGAGGAGGCGGGACGGGGCUCGGGCGGCCUCCGGGCGGACCGCGGCUCGCCUCUCACCGCCCUCCCUCUUUCCCUCCCUCCGCAGCCGGCACAGCACAACAUGGCCGCGGCCGCCGCGGCUGCCCAGGACGAGCUCAAUCAACUUGAACGUGUGUUCUUGCGUCUUGGCCAUGCGGAAACAGAUGAGCAGUUACAGAAUAUUAUUUCCAAAUUCUUACCCCCCGUUCUCCUCAAGCUGUCCAGCACACAGGAAGGAGUGCGUAAAAAGGUCAUGGAGUUGCUCGUUCAUCUGAAUAAGCGAAUCAAAAGUCGCCCAAAAAUCCAGCUUCCAGUAGAGACAUUGCUGGUUCAAUAUCAAGAUCCUUCUGCAGUGUCUUUUGUCACUAAUUUUACCAUAAUUUAUGUUAAGAUGGGAUACCCCCGUUUGCCUGUGGAAAGACAAUGUGAAUUGGCUCCAACUCUUCUCACUGCAAUGGAAGGGAAACCUCAACCACAGCAAGAUAGCCUAAUGCAUCUUCUAAUACCAACCCUUUUUCACAUGAAAUAUCCUGCUGAACCACUGAAAGCAGCAGCUUCUCCAUUUAAUCUUGCUGAAAAACCAAAGACUGUACAGCUGCUUUUGGACUUUAUGUUGGAUGUUCUUCUUAUGCCUUAUGGGUACGUACUGAAUGAAUCUCAGAGUCGGCAAAACAUGCCCACAGCACAGGGCUCUUCGUCAAGUACCGUGGGAGGUCCAGGAAUCCCUCAGCCGCCUCCAGGGAUGAGCUUUUAUGCAGCCAAGAGGGUAAUUGGAGAUAGCCCAUGGACACCAGAGCUGCUGGAGCAGUGCAAGCUGGGGAUAGUGAAGUUCAUCGAAGCGGAGCAGGUGCCAGAACUUGAAGCUGUUGUACAUCUGGUUGUAGCCUCCAGUGACACAAGGCACAGUGUUGCCACUGCAGCUGACCUUGAACUGAAGAGCAAACAAAGCUUAAUUGACUGGAACAAUCCUGCUAUCAUCAACAAAAUGUAUAAAGUGUAUCUUGGGGAUAUACCAUUGAAAACCAAGGAGGGAUCUGUUCUGAAACCAGAAAUGAAACGAGAGUCAGUCAGCACCCGUGUUAAAUUAAAAAUUGUUCCUCAUCUUCUGCGAUCCAGGCAAGCUGCAGAAACAUUCCCGGCUAACAUUCAGGUGGUUUAUGAUGGACUCUUUGGUGCAAACACAAAUGCAAAACUGAGAAGUCUGUCCUUGCAGUUUGUGCAUCAUAUUUGUAUCAUUUGCCCAGAAAGUAAAAUAAAGCCGUUAGGCCCAAUGCUACUAAAUGGACUUACAAAGCUGAUCAAUGAAUACAAAGAGGAUUCAAAAUUGCUGUCAAUGGCUUAUUCAGCGGUUGGAAAACUCUCCAGCCGAAUGCCUCAGCUCUUUACCAAGGAUAUAGCACUCGUACAGCAGUUUUUUGAAGCUUUAUGUAAGCAGGAAGAUGCUGAUACAAGGCUUGCCAUUCAGGAGGCUUUGUCUAUGAUGGUUGGAGCAUACAGUAACUUGGAAGGAGCCCAGCGUACUCUGAUGGAAGCUCUUGUAGCUUCUUAUCUAAUAAAGCCUGAAGUUCAAGUACGUCAAGUGGCUGUGAAAUUUGCUAGCACAGUAUUUCCUCCAGAUCAUAUCCCUUCCAGAUACUUACUGCUGUUAGCUGCAGGAGACCCGCGGGAGGAGGUACAUGGAGAAGCACAGCGGGUGCUGAGAACAUUUCCUGGUAAAAAUGAAAAGGAGAGUUCUGGGAAGCAGAUGCCUUCCUUUCCUGAAAUGGUCCAUUAUAUUCAAGACAAGGCCUCUCACCGAAUGAAAACUCCAGCUAAAUAUAUGACGGGGACUGCAGCCUUGCCUUUCAAUCCUGCCACAUUUGGAGAGAUUGUUCUUUACCUGCGGAUGUGUCUUGCUCACAGUGCAGGCGUGGUACCAACCUCACAGAGCUUGGCAGAUAUGCAAGAUCAUGCCCCAGCCAUUGGACGUUACAUAAGAAACCUCAUGUCUGGCAACCACAUAUCUUUUUCUUCCUCCUCUUCUUCCAAAAGCGUAGAAACCAACCCUGUACAGAUAUAUAUUGGCCUUCUUCAGCAGCUGUUAGCUGGUGUUGGAGGUUUGCCAGUCAUGUAUUGUCUUCUGGAAGUCAUUUCAGUGUAUCCAGAAAAGCUAGCCACCAGGUUUGUAGACAAAAUGGAUUGGAUAAAGAGCCUGAUGAACACGAACAAAGAAGAAAUGCGUGAGCUUGCUGCCCUGUUUUAUUCUGUAGUGCUGUCUACAAUGUCUGGAAAUGAGCUUAGGGCCUCUGUGGAGCAGCUGAUCAAGAUGACAAAAGACAAUCAUAGCCCGGAGGUCCAACAUGGAUCCUUGUUGGCUUUGGGAUUUACAGUAGGAAGGUACUUGGCCAAAGGGAAAAUCAGAGCAAUGGAGCUACAUGACGUAGAACAACCAAACACUGCAGUCAUGCCGGAACAAGAACAGCUCAUAAAGUCGACGACAGAGACAAUAGGUUCUUUCCUGGACAGCACCUCUCCCUUCCUUGUGGUGGCUGCUUGCACGGCUCUUGGGGAGAUUGGCAGGAAUGGCCCCUUGCCAAUCCCCAGCGAAGGCACAGGGUUUACAAAGCUGCAACUUGUUGAAAGCUUAUUGGCCCGAAUCCCUUCCAGCAAGGAAACAAAUAAGAUGAAGGAACGAGCAAUACAAACAUUAGGUUACUUUCCUGUGGGAGAUGAAGAUUUUCCUCACCAGAAAUUACUGCUGCAAGGUUUAAUGGAUUCUGUGGAGGCUAAACAAAUAGAACUGCAGUUCACUGUUGGUGAAGCUAUUACCAGUGCUGCUGUAGGAACCAGCUCAGUGGCUGCACGUGAUGCAUGGACAGUAACAGAGGAGGAAUACAUACCCCCUCCAGAUUUGAAGGUGAAUGAUGUGGUUCCCUGGGUCCUAGACCUUAUUUUGAACAAGCACAUUAUCAGCCCCAACCCACAUGUUAGGCAAGCAGCUUGCAUCUGGCUUCUAUCAAUGGUGAAGAAGCUGAGCGCACACAAAGCAAUUAAGUCUCAUCUCAAGGAUAUCCAAAGUGCAUUUGUUUCAAUUCUGUCAGAUAGUGAUGAGCUUAGUCAAGAUGUUGCUUCAAAAGGUCUUGGGCUGAUAUAUGAACUAGGAAGUGAACAGGAUCAGCAAGAGCUAGUCACCACGCUUGUUGAUACCCUUAUGACUGGGAAAAGAGCCAAACAUGAGAUGACAGGAGAAACCGUGGUGUUUCAGGGUGGCCUGAGCAAAACCCCGGAUGGUCAAGGUCUUUCUACUUACAAGGAGCUUUGUUCACUGGCUAGUGAUCUCAAUCAGCCAGACCUGGUAUACAAAUUCAUGAAUCUGGCCAACCAUCAUGCCAUGUGGAAUUCUCGGAAGGGAGCAGCUUUUGGUUUCAAUGUGAUUGCUGCCAAGGCUGGAGAGCAGCUGGCUCCAUUUUUGCCCCAGCUUCUUCCCCGGCUCUACCGCUACCAGUUUGACCCCAACCUAGGCAUUCGACAGGCAAUGACCAGCAUUUGGAAUGCCUUGGUCACCGACAAGUCAAUGGUUGAUAAGUAUAUGAAGGAAAUUCUUGAGGAUUUGAUCAGUAACCUAACCAGCAGUCUCUGGAGAAUCAGGGAAUCCAGCUGUCUAGCACUGAAUGACUUAUUAAGAGGAAGGCCUUUGGAUGACAUUAUAGACAAGCUUCCAGAGAUCUGGGAAAUCCUAUUUAGAGUGCAAGAUGACAUUAAGGAAUCUGUGCGAAAGGCAGCAGAACUAGCCCUAAAAACUUUAAGCAAGGUUUGUGUGAAAAUGUGUGAUCCCUCUAAAGGAGCUGCAGGUCAGAAGACAGUAGCUGUAUUGCUUCCUUGCCUCCUAGACAAAGGAAUAGUAAGCACAGUUGCUGAAGUCCGAUCUCUCAGCAUUAACACUCUUGUGAAGAUCAGUAAAAGUGCUGGAUCUAUGCUGAAACCUCAUGCACCAAAACUUAUCCCAGCCCUGCUGGAGUCCUUGAGUGUGCUGGAGCCUCAGGUCCUCAAUUAUUUGAGUCUUUGUGCAACAGAUCAGGAGAAAACUGCAAUGGACAGUGCCAGACUUAGUGCUGUCAAGUCAUCUCCCAUGAUGGAAACUAUUAACAUGAGCUUGCAGUACUUGGAUGUGUCCAUCCUGGGUGAGCUGGUACCUCGUCUCUGUGAACUGAUCAAAAGCGGAGUAGGCCUUGGCACAAAGGGAGGCUGUGCCAGUGUAAUUGUCUCGUUAACCACACAGUGUCCCCAGGACCUAACACCAUAUUCAGGCAAACUUAUGAGUGCUUUACUUAGUGGCCUGACUGAUCGCAACAGUGUGGUGCAGAAGUCUUUUGCCUUUGCUAUGGGCCAUCUAGUCCGGACUUCUCGGGACAGUAGCACUGAGAAGCUGCUGCACAAACUCAGCAGUUGGUACAUGGAAAAGGAAGAGCCAGUGUACAGGACAGGCUGUGCUUUAACUGUACAUGCUAUGGGACGCUACAGUCCAGACGUAGUGAAGAACCACGCCAAACAGGUGUUGCCAUUGGCUUUUCUUGGUAUGCAUGAGGUUCCCGAUGAAGAGAAAGGAGAGAGAGAGGAUUCUACUCUGUGGGCUGAAGUUUGGCAGGAAAAUGUACCUGGUACUCAGGGUGGCAUCAGGCUGUAUAUGCAGGAGUUGAUAGCCAUUACACAGAAGGCUUUGCAGUCACAAUCCUGGAAGAUGAAAGCCCAGGGAGCAGCUGCCAUGGCAUCAGUUGCCAAACAGACUGGCUCCCUUGUACCUCCGCAUCUGGGAAUAGUGCUCUCUGCACUGCUGCAGGGUCUGCCAGGGAGAACGUGGACUGGGAAGGAGGAGCUGUUAAAGGCCAUUGCCAGUGUCGUCUCUGCAUGCAGUGCAGAGCUGCAGAAGUCGGUGCCUGGCCAGCCGAGUGUCAGCGAUGUUGUCCAGGCUGUCCUGAAGGAGUGUCGGAAGGAGAACCUGAAGUACAAGAUGGUGGCACUGCGCUGCGCGGCUGGGGUGCUGCAGGCAACAAAGGAGGACCGGUUCCAGGAGCUGGCAGAUAUCAUCUUCCCCAUGAUAAAGAAGAACUCUCUCGAGAGCACGGGCACGGGUUUACCAAAGCACGACGAAGAGGACGAGGACAUGAGGGAGAAGGAGGUGCAGAUGGAGUCCCUGAUCUGUGCCUUUGAGACCCUGGGUAAAGCGUGGCCAAGGAGCCCAGAGACACAGCGUUGCUAUCGACAAGAGUUUUGUAAGUUAAUGUGUGACCGUCUGAAACUCAGCACGUGGAAAGUGCAGCUUGGAGUGCUGCAAGCCAUGAAUGCCUACUUUCAAGGGUUAGUGCUGUUUGAGGAGGAACACUCAGACCCUGGGGCUUUGACAGAAAUACUGUUGGAAACCUGUUCAUCUAUCACCCAUUCUUUAGAAAACAAAAGCUACACCUCCAUAAGAACAGAAGCUUUGUCUGUGAUACAACUGCUCUUCACCAAACUGCAAGAAGCUAAACAGUGGGAAAGCCUGACAGCAGAAAGCAGAGAGCACCUCAUUCAUUCGUUAUCUACAAUGGCAUCAGAUAGCAGACCCGAGCUACAGGAAAAAGCAUUUAUAUUGAAGAAAACACUUGAAAAUCUUAACUAAAUUGUAAAACACAAACUAUGAAGUGCCAUGUAAAACAACAAAAAAAGUGCAGUGGUCUGAAAACCAAAUGGGAAAAUGAAGAUUACUCUGUAGCAUGCAUAAUUCCUGGCCAAAAUAAAAUGCCUUAAAUUCUGUUCCCCA